GUUGCUUGAACGUUGCACGAAAUUUGUUAUGCUCUCCCACAAUGCUCCGCGGUUUGACGGACGUUUCCAUAGCGACGCAAUGGCGCCUGGCUGAUUGAGGUACUAAUUUGAAGAGAAUCCGUCAAAGGCAAGCCAGAGAUGUCUUCCGAAGAGGAGGAGCAGCUGGCAGCUCAGCUCAAGCAGUUUUUGAGAAGCAUCGACGAGCGACUCUCUGGCGCUCCAACGCCCCAAAGUGCAGAGGAAGUCCUUCUUCACCUGGAGGAGACCGACAAGAACUUCCACAACUAUGAGUUUGUCCAGCACCUGCGCCAGCGUGUGGAGACCUCCCUUGGGUGCGUGGUGGACAAGGAGCUAGGGAAGUUGUCCCGUGAAGAUGGACAACACGCCGUCGACUCGUGUCACGACGCCCUCAUUCACACAGCGACCGGCCGCAGCCAAGCGUCAGCGCAGUACCAGGAGAUGACACAGACCUUGAGAGCCACGGUGACUGCUGCCGCGGAGCGUUUACUCAGCAGCUUUGAUGACGACCAGCUACGGAAGGAGGAGGAGAUGCAGCAUGGCCGCUACGCUGACCACUGCUCAGACAGUGGAGACUCCUUCAAUCAGUGCUACACCUUCAUUCGACAGGAGCAGCUCCAGGCUUUGGCUGAGAAACUAGAUCCAAGUCAACCCAAAGAGGUGCGCCGCGAGGCCCUGCAGGCGCUCCGUCACGCGCCGGCUUCUGACGUGCUUAGCUGUGAGGUCUGGGCACGCCUACGCCAGAACCUGUGCGCCGCACUGACCGAGCCCGACGCCGAGCUCAGUGACCACGUUCUUCAGUUCUUCGCGAAGAGCUUCUCCUCAUUGCCGCUGAACGUCACCCGGGAGAUUUACAGCAGCCUCGCUCGAAGCGUGCAGUCCAGUUUUUUGUCCCUGAAGUUGAGCUUUCCGAGCGGCGCGGCCGUCUUGGACAUCAACAGACCCGAGAUCAGCUCUCUCCUUAAACAGAUGCGCCUGAUGAACGACUUCCAAAAGGAGGCGACCACCUUCUGGAUCCGUCACCCGGAAAAGUACAUGGAAGAAAUCAUCGAGAGCACCUUCUCCCUCCUGUCUCUCCAUGGGGACUCCUCACCGGAGAAAGUUUUGGGGCCCACUGACCUGCUGGCCCUGCUGGAUGUUCAAGCCACCUGGUUCACAAAAUUGAUGCAUGGCUCCUACAGCAGGACGUUGGUUCUCAGGCUCCUCCAGAGCAAAUACAAAAAUCUGAUGGAGGCCGCUGUGCAGCAGUGCCUCCUUUAUCUGGAAUGCUGCCAGCAUUGCACUCGGAUCCAUUCUGAGGAACCGCACGGCUCAGGCUCGCCAAUUGGCAGCGUCUACAGCGGAAAGGAGCUGCGGUACGCCGUGGUCGUCCAUUCCUUGUGCGUGUUGGGCAAAGUCCUGCUCUACGCCAAUGGCCGGAAGCUCUUUCCCAUCAAAGCGGCGGCGCGGAAAGAUCCAGUCACUUUGACGGACCUGGUGGUGAUUUUCAUCAACAUCAUGUACCAACAUCAUCAGCCUUUGUGUAGCGAUAGCUCACACGCAGAAGCGCUGUGCCCAAGCGCCCUGGUGAUAGCGACGCUGAGCGCCAUGUGUGAGAGGACCGAGUGCGCUGACCAGUGUCUCCACCAGGCGCCUGUCGUUGAGACUCUCAUGGCGCCCGUCAUCCAGGCCCUCGGUGGACGCCAGACCAAACUGAAGUGCCCGGCAGCCACCCUCCCUCUAAUCGCGGACGUCCUGGCUCGAAUGGUCAACACAGACAGAGGGUUGGCUCUCUUCUUGUAUGACAAGAACUUGCUUGUGGGCCACAACGAAAGAAGCACCGCCGCUCAUGUUCUGCUCCGGUUCACCCUUACGCUGCUCGAACGGGAGCUCUCGGCGUCGAGCGAGGGCGAAAUCCUCUCGCUCCGUGCUGUGUGCGGGUCCUUCAUCUCUGUGUGCGGGCAGAUGUGCAAGAGCUGCGAGGGCCUGCAGGUCCUGGAAGCGUACAGCCUGCACAAAGCUGCCGCCGCCGCCUGGAGGAAGACCAGUUCUUUGUCUGAAAGGAUUCCUACCCCAGUACCUGAAAACAAUCUUGCAACGUCUACGCAGAAAUUGCAACAUCUGCAAAUGUGGGAAGAGACAUUGCUGGACAGCCUGCUGAACUUUACGGCCACACCCAAGGGGGUGCUGCUGCUUCAUCAGACCGGCGCCAUGCAGGAGUGCAUCUCGCACAUGUUCUCUCGCUUUAACAAAAAAUUGCAGGUGAGUCGUCAUGAGAAGUUUGGCUAUGGUGUCAUGGUCACGCAGGUGGCAGCCACGGGGACAGGCGCGAUGGCUUUGCAGCGCUCAGGAUAUGUGGGGGCCCUGGUUCUGGAGCUGUGGUCGGCGCUGGAGUGCGGCAAUGAGGAUGUCAGGGUGGUCCGACCUGAACCCACGUCAAUGGAACCCAUCGACAGGCGCUGCCUCAAGUCCUUCCUGUCUCUGGUCAACUUGCUGUCGUCCUCUCAGUCCGUGUGGCAGCUGCUGUUUGGACAACCUUUGGCCAACAAGAGUGAAUACAUGCUGAGGGAAGUGCCAAGUUCUGUGCCUGACUUGAUUGACAGGCUGAUUGCCGUGAAUUCCAGCGCCAAGAUCCGCUCGCUCUUCCACUACGAGCAGUCGCACGCGUUUGGCCUGAGACUGCUGAGCGUGCUGUGCUCCAGCCUGGACUCCUUCCUGCUACUCGAGAGCCAGUACAAUAUCUGCGCCGUGCUGCUGCAAAGCCAGAGGGACAACACGGCUGACCGGAACGGUGGUGAUGGGAGCUUCAUUUUAGACAACGCGUCGCUGGAGAGGAACCACACGCUGGUUCGCGUCGCCGUUGUUGGAGGACCAUCUGAGAGGAGACUCCCCCCUCGGGCCUUGCAGGAGGGAGACGAUCCCUAUCCCUGGCCCAUGUUUUGGUCAUUCCCUCCACCCACCUGCUACACUUUGGACCCACCAAAAACCCAACAGAACCCGCUGGAACCCGAGCUGCGCGACUUCCUGACGUCCCCUCGAAACGCGACGACGGAAGACAGCUGGAUGGAGACGUGCCGCCGACUUUACCAUAAAGUUAUGACAGCCGGGCACCACGGCUUGACCGCCACAGUGCUGGCUGACCUUCUGGAGAAGGUUGUGUACCAUCUGUCCAAAUGUUCCGCGGAGCGCUUCUUUUCCCCGCCUGAGCACAACAAAGCACAAGAGGCGAGUGCGGACACUGUGGCGCUGUCACCUGUGGAAAUGCUCGGCAUGGAUGUCUGCCUGAGAUACGGCGUCGCUCUCAAGCUGCUCCGCCAAAAAGAUGCCGCGAGCCACCUGACACUCCUUAUGAAACACGUCAAGAAUUUCCUGUCCCGGCGGAGGCUUCCAAUGUCCUCGCCGCUGCUCACUGGCCAGAAAGAUUAUCCCGGCCACGAUUGGUUGACGUCGACGGUCUUCCUGAUGAUGUCUGGGGACUGGCGGCGAUCUCUGAGGCUGCUGCGCCAUCUUUCCUCUGUGCUCACUUCUGCUUUCAUUUGGCCAGCCAACAUACACGCGUUGGUGGACCUUGCUGUCCGAGUGGCCGAGUCGGGAAUGUCCCCGCUGUACUGGAGCUCGGCUCACUACGUGGAGAUGCUGCUGAAGGACGAACUUCCAUUGGCGCACGCCGCCUUCCGGAUGUCCGGUUUCACCCCAUCGCAGAUAUGCAUCCACUGGCUGACUCAGUGCUUCUGGAACUUCCUGGACUGGCCUGAGAUCUGCCACUACGUGUGCAUAUGCACACUGAUGGGAGCCGACUACCAGGUGUAUGCCUGCCUGGCCGUCCUCAAGCACCUUCAGCCACUUUUGCUGCAGCAAACGCAAGCCCGCUGGAUUCAGGUUUUCCUCAAGGAGGAACCCAUCCAGGGCUUCCGGUUCUGCGACUACCUGGACUUCAUGCAGCACCUAGAAAGACGCUACCGGAACCUCGUGCUCAGCGACAUGAAAAGCAUCUGCAACCCAGACCUGUAAAUGCAGAGAGUGGAAUGCUAAUGUAAGUAGCAUUUAGCUCAGCACGUCUGCUGCAUACGAGAGAACGUGCCUUCCCUUCUGGACGUGUGAUGGCACCCCGUGAAGUUUGUGAGGGAAAAGAUGUUUUUGGCCCCCCUGCAGUCUUUUGAUUUUGAGCUACUACUGUACCAGAAAAAACAACAUGGGGACAAACCAACAGUAUCGAUUUGUAAAAGAAAAUAUCAAUGGACAUAUUUGGAUCAUCUGCCCGACAGUGAGGAUAUGCGGCCUCGUUGAUCAUAUAAGAUUUCUGUGUCUAGCAUUUCUAGGCUCAUAAAGCUCCUAAGUUUCCAUGCAUUCCUCAACCUUUGACGGAACGGUAUUGUUACGCAGAACAGUGAAGGUAGCGUCUCGUACUUUUUUUUAAUGCCGCCCUUGGACUCGUUGUCGCAUACCACGUACGACAUGGCAGCCGCUCAUGAUGAAAGAUGCAUGAGGACGCUUGCAUCACGUCGGUAAAGCCUCAUCAGUAACCACGCCGUCCCCUCGGCCAUCUGAUGUGUCUCAUGCGCGGCACUGCCAGGCGGGAAUCCCAAAUGAGCUGGCCGCGUCGCAGCGCAUUUUCAUCCGGGUCUCAAUUUAAUGCCAAGCGGUGCGUGAGGAUUGGUCGCAGGGGCGCUGCAAGGAAAUUAAAGCGGCGUCAAUAUUUCCGGCCCAAUGGGCAGAAUGAAGAUGUCGCUCAUGAUCAUGUUUUGCUCAACGUAAUGUCGGUGAGCCAGUAUUGAUCUGUUAUUGUCUACAUGUUGAAAAACUAUCAUUUGGGAAAGGUGCUUGUUAUCUUGUCAUGUGUAAAUGCUUUCAUUACUAGAGGACCAAAAGUGAGAUGACAUCACAUUUGAGAAGCAUUCCCUCGACCGUUGUAGCGAUAUGUGCUGAGGUGCUAGCAACUAUUUUAGCCAGAUUGUUAUAGGAAGCAUGUAUCGGUGGCCCCGAAAUUGAACCCUGUGGAACACCGUACGACAGAAGAAAAAUAGAAGUCGAUUAAAUUUUUCUGAAAUUACAUUGUAAUAUUAUACUUUUACAGAAACUAAUAAUAAUCAAAUGGAAUCUAAAGAAAUAAGCCGUCCGUGUGUCCAUCAUGAUGAAUUAAUCACAGCUCCUUCUGGCGGGCGCGACUUAAAUCCGUCAUCGUGACAAAUUAACAUCUCAAAUGCUGUAAUAAAUCCCUGUUUUUGUAUGGCAAGUUUUUGCUCUCAAGUCAAACAAGAAAAUGCCCCAAAUGACGGUUUUUAUCUUGAAAAACGCAGACAGCGGGUCACUUCUAUCUCAAAGCGCAAAUUUAUUACUGUUUUCUUAGAAGAGGCUCACAAAAAGUAAGGCCACAGCAUGGUGCUGGUGCUAAUGCUGCUGUCAUGUGUGGACCUUGUUGCUCAGCAUAAAUAAACACGUUUUCAUUCAGUCAUAUAUUUUUUUGUUGCUUUAUUGACUGAAAUGUGAACAAUUUGCUUCUUGAAUAUCACCAGGCUGACAAAAUGCUGCGGGAGCCCGUUUUCCAAAACAACCAAAUGUAAAUCAGUAUGCAAAUGUCAGACCUGCGUAUAAAAAAGAAACACCACCACAAUCACUUUGCAAGCGCGUUGUCAAGCUGACUGGAACGUGUGGCUGCUAAUGGCUUGACAAGCAAGCACAAAAUGAAUCAAACAUACUUUUUAUUCUUUUUUUUCUUUAUUUGCCAGCCGCUGUGAAAAAGAUGCACGCAGUGUUUUAUAUUAACGCUAAUGUAUGCAAGCUGGGAGCCUCUCCAAGAAAAACAAAACACUUUUUGCAUGGAAAUGACAAAACCUGCCAGCAGUGACAAAAAGUCUUUCACAGAAGAAGUCCGAACAAUACCGAGACAAAAAAAGAAGACUGUAAUCAUCAAUUUGUCGGAAAAUGAAAUGCCAUUUCACAUAAUCCCUUUUAAUCACUGCUGUUAAUGACUUCAGUCAUUAUCAGACCUUCAAAAAAGGAAAGGACUUGCAAACAAUACCACAAAAAUAAUUUUUAAAUGGCUCGUUGAACAUCUUCAUGAGAGAAACAGCGAGAGAAUUUAAU